AUGAAUAAUCUAUUUGAUAAUACAGAUAAAUUAGUUAAAUGGAAUCGAAAUAUAUCGAAAGAAUUACAAAUUAAAAAUGUACUUAAUCCAUUUACUCGAAUGUUUAUUGAUGAACAACUUGCAAAAGAUCUUGGAAUUAUUUUUAAUGGUUAUUAUCGAAAUUGCUAUGGUGGAUUAAUCCCACUUCAUAUUGCAGCAAAUAAAGGUUUUAUUCAAUAUUCAACAAAUGAUAAAAUUGAAAUUGAAUAUCGUUCAAAACAAUAUCCAAUUAUAACAAAUUUAAUUAUUCAUCAAGUUUAUGAUAAUAAACAUCAAUGUAUGAUUUCAUGUCAACAAGCAAUUGAUAAUGGUUAUUUAAAUUUAGAAUUAUUAUUAUAUUUAUCAAUGAAAAUACAUGAAGCAUUUUUACAUGGUUUUAUUAUUGGUGAAUUACGAACAAAUACAAUUAAAUCAAAAUCAAUUAAUUAUAUUAAUGAAAAUGAAAAUUUUGAAUAUGAUUAUUUAUAUUCAUCAUUAACAAAUAUUAUAAAUAAUUUAAGUGAAUUUCGUAAUACAAUAAAUAUUAUUGAUGAAUGUGAAUUAACAUCAGAUGGAUUUAUACGACAUAAAAUAACAAAUAAAUCUUAUUUAUUAACACAAGCUAUUGAACUUGAUCUUGUUUCAAUUAAAGAUAUUUCUUUAAAAACUCAAAUGGAUAAUUCGAUAAAUUAUUCGACAAUGGUCAAUGAUACGACAUUAUGCAAUAAGGAUAUAAGUUGUACUAAUAAUGAAACUAUUCCGUAUUUUUCGGAUACAUUUAUUUUGGAUUUAUUAACAACAAAUAAUAAUUCAAUAGAUGAAUCACAACAAGAUGAAAUGCAUUCAACAAAUAUAAAAAGAUUUUUAUCAAUAAUGAAUACUUGUUGA